GCAGAUGCAUCAAACGAACAUUUUUUCCUAACAUCUUUUCAAACAGGAAUAUUAUCCGUCAUUUAAUAUUGUACUCGAGUUUAAAGCACCAGCGUAAUAUGGUAGAGUCUGAUUUCACAACUUGUUUACUUUCAGUUAACAAGUUUCUGUUUGGUAAAUAUAGUUGUACAAUACAAAAGCCUACGAAAAUACUUCCAUAACAGACGGUCAGAGGAAAAUGACAAGCUCUCAGUGCAACUACAACAGUAGUAUUUGUUUAGUUCCUUUGGUUUAAUUACGAUGAUUUUUCGCCUAAUAUAUAAGGCGGAAGUGACUAAGCAUGUCGAGUGAUACGCCUGACUGCGCGCAGCCCGAAGCGGAGCGGCGUGGUUCUGAUGGGGACAACACGGUGGAGGGCGCGGAGGACCCCGAAGGACAGGCCGCGGAAAAGGAGGCGGAAGGCGGCAGCGAAACAAACGGGACAGAGCCCAUGUCAAAGAGACAGAGGAAGCGGCUGCUGAGGCACCAGCAGUGGGAGGAGCAGAGGGACCUCCGCAAGCAGAGGCGCAAGGAGAGGAAGCAGAAAAGGCGGCUGGGGCGCCCCCUGCAGGCGGUGGAUGGGGUGGAGUGGAUGCAGCGGAAGCGCCUGCGCCGGGAGGCCACACCCAGCAGCCUCCGUUUGGUGGUGGAUUGUAGCUUCGACAGUCUCAUGCCAUUGAAGGAUGUUAAGAAACUCCACAAGCAGAUCCAGAGGUGCUAUGCUGAAAACAGGAGAGCUUUACACCCUGUGCAGUUCUAUCUGACCAGUCAUGGUGGACAGUUAAAGCAGAAUAUGGAUGAGAAUGACAAAGGAUGGGUGAACUGGAAGGACAUUAACAUCAGGCCAGAGCAAUUCCAACAGGUCAUCAGCAAAGAGGAGGUGGUGUACCUCACUUCAGACUCUCCCAACGUGCUGACGGAGCUGGAUGAGAGCAAGGCCUAUAUCAUAGGGGGUCUGGUUGACCACAACCACCACAAGGGGAUUACCUUCCAGCGAGCUCAGGAGCUUGGGAUUGACCACGCCCAGCUCCCACUGGGAAGCUUUGUCAAGAUGAACAGCCGCAAGGUGCUGGCUGUUAACCAUGUUUUUGAGAUCAUCCUGGCAUACCUGGAAAAGAGAGACUGGCAGCAGGCCUUCUUCACUAUCUUGCCCCAGAGAAAAGGGGCCGUUCCCUUGGAACAGGAGGGCGGCGCCGAUGGGCAGAAAGAGCAGGAGCAAGAUUCGGACAGUGACUCUGACUCGACCCUGGGAAUAGAGGAAGAGACCAGUACAAAGGAGAUACAGGAAAGCAAAUGCAGGAAGUUUGAGGAUGGUCCCAGCUAAUCGGGACAGGCCAGCGCUGAAGGAACCACUGCUUAGAACAAUCAGGGAAACAGAUUCAAGUUCUUUCCAUUUUUGUUUUAAAUUCAGUAUUCUGUUUGUCAUUGUUUUUAAUCCCCCCCACCCAUAAUUCUAGAUUUUUUUUUUUUUUUUUUUUUUUUUUUUAAAAGAACCUAAAGAUGUGUUUUUUUUGCCAUGUGGAUGUUACUUGGUAUGUCAGAAAUGGCUCAUAUUUUUCAGACAUUUGAGCACGAUGACCUCCUGUUGGCAUGAUUUGCCCCCGAUAUGAUGGGGUCACAGUGGCCUUAUUAAAAACUUCUGGGAACUUGACGCAUAUCAUAUGCCUGUUGUCACUGUACAUUUUUAAAAGAAAAGCGUAAAAACAUUUCCAAUAGGUUGUGUUGCAAAGAAACUCUGAUCUUAUCCAAGAUAAGUCCAAAAUGUGACGGAUCUUUUCUUUACCUGUGUCUUCCUCCAUCCAUUUUGCUGCAGAAGCUCCAGUGUAUCUCAUGUCUCCCCUUCCUUGGUUGAUCCCACAGCUGCUUGUGUUUUCCAGUUCCGCAUGCAUCACAGCUCGCCACAUCUUUGUGUGAUUCCUGCAGGUUGCCAUCAUGUACUCAAUCCCCUUGUCAUGUAGACCCUCUAUUAGGAGAGCUGACUGUUUGUAGAUACUAAACACCAAAGCGCCUUCAUAGGUUUCCGAAAUGUCUGACUUGAUAAGCCAUUUUUUUGAGUCUCAACCUAUUCCAGUGACAUUACUAUGAAUCUUUUUUGUAGCUGCAUUUUUUUUUGUUUGUUUUAUUUAACACUUGAUGGUGUUAAGGUGACACGUACAAUGGUAGAAAUGACAAAAGCUCGCCUUGGCAGAUGUGGCUACUGGCUCACUGGCUGUAGUCCAUCAUGUCUGUUUCUGACCCCUGUUCACCAUCCUGCUUUUCCACCCAUCAGCACUGCUUUAAGUUGGAUGUUGGCUGGCUGAGCUCAAGUAACCCCAAGUCAAGGGCAGCGGGGAUAAACUUGCACUAUCAAGCUCACCACAAGAGGCAGUGUUUAUCUGCUGCUCAGCUUAUCCCAACUGACUUGCUGUUACUACAUCAUCGUACAUAUAUAAUGUAUUAUUAUUCUGGAAUGACUGCAAAAUUCAAGGCAACAGUGUUGCCUCAAAGCCCAAGUGAUCACCAGGUUGGUUUAGGUUCUUGCAAAGUUAGACCCUGCAUUUCAGUGGGUACUGUGCUGGGUUGUCAGGCUUUAUUAAGAGUUUUUUUAAACACGAUCCUAUGUAAAGACAAUUCAUUCGUGCUUUUCAAUAUGAUGUACAAAAUUAAUAGUUUUGGUUUUAUUUCUCGUUUUAUUCUGAAUGCUAUUUUUAUUAAUAAAAAUUACGUUAUGAAUAAAUAGCAUUAACAGCCACA